CAGAUGCGAAUAUCUUUGUAGUGCGCUUUGACAGUUUGACAAGUAAUAACAAUCGUUUAACAAUGUAAGUGAUGUCUUGGUGCAUUCUCGGUUAGUGAAUAGUGAAAAUGUUGUCUUUUCUUCGAAAUCAUUGAGUUGAUAGAGUGAAAAUGAGUGAAAAACCGAGCAAAACAUUGACCGGGGCGGGGGCUUCAGCUCCAAAUAAAAUGAGACUUUACGCCACUGGAGUUGAUAGGACACCUUCCAAUUGCAUUCCCAGAUUAUGCUCGCUUACACUUACCAGGAUAAUUCUCCUAAAACCUCUGGGGGCAGAUUUGGCUUCCAUAUCAAUAGCAGUGAAAAUGCAGUCAAGCAAACGCACUUUACGAUCCCAUGAAUUAAAUUUGCCUCACGGAGGUCUUUUGGAUCAACCGUUGGACAUGACUUUUUGUCUUCAGUAUCCGCAUUUUUUGAAAAGAGAGGGCAAUAAGUUGCACGUUUUGUUGCAGAGAAGAAAGAAGUACAAAAAUCGAACCAUGUUGGGAUUUAAAACUCUUGCAGAGGGAAUCAUCAGAAUGGAUCAGAUCCUACAAAAGCAGAUGGACCUCGAGCUCGAACUGAUGUCCGAGGGCGGCAAGGACAAGGGGGCGAACGCGGUUGCGCGCGUUACCGUCUUGCAGCUGAGUUCCACGCCGAUAGAUCACGAGCACAAAACAGAGCGCGAACACGACUUUAGCGACGAUGACGACGAGAUCAGCUCGGGCGAAGAGGAGGCUGGUGACCUUUCCGACAGCGAACCCAUUAGAACCAAGAUGCCGCACGCGAGGCACAAUUUAAAACAAAGGUUUGUGUCGCUGCUGCGCAGGUUCCGGGUACCGGACUCGGAGGGCGGCAGGGGCGGCGACCUGGACAAUCCGAGCGACAUCCAGGCGCUCUUCCAGGAACUGGAGUCACUCAGCUGCGACGAGGAUUCGGGCGGCGAACAGGACACCAUGUCCAUAUCGAGCACGCCAAAGCCCAGUUUACGUCCUUUCUUCAGCAGCAGUCGAAGUCUACUGCACGACUCGAACUCCAUCCCUUAUAUAGAGACGGAAAGGGUGGGCGACGAUCGCACGUGCUCGGGCAGCGACGGGCAGACGGAAGUGUGCUGUUUUACCGACCAGGAAGCUCACAGCGAUCCGCAGACGGGGUCGCCACCGCGCGACUCGCAGUCGGCGGCGGGGGCGCGCAAACUCCCCGGCGACAGUUCGGAGUUCGCCUCGCUGAUGGCGGAGAUCAGCGAGCGGAAGUCGAAGCUGUUCAGAUCGUCGGCGUCUUCGGCCAAAAAAAAGAAUUCCCUGGGUGUUUACCCGGACGUUCCCUUGCAAGAGACUCCGACGGUCCGUAAAAUGUUUUUGGACCACGUAUUAAAACAAUUGCCACUCGAAGAGACCAUGCUUCCUGAAUGCGUAGCACUUCUUUCCGGACCGGAAAUUUUAACCGGACCGCUAUCAACAAGACUGGCCCCACACCACAAAGUAUUUCUACCGACGUCCGCCGUCGAAGUCAAAGCGGUAUUCACCGCACUUUUCAACAAAAUAAACAAAUACUGUAACAGCGCAAAACCAGGCACUUACGUAAAAAUCCUCCUUAUAGGAACCGAUAAUCUUGUCGGGUGGUCGGUGCGCCCAUACGUCGAAAAUCUAACCAAUAAAACGUCCGAAUGGUUGUCGUACACGCGCCUCUAUGUCGUACCGACUGGAAAUUGCACUUUGGCGCGACAUCUGGCCUCACUUGAUCAAGGUUACGCAUCGCUGUUUCCGAGCGAACAGGACCCGAAACCAGACGAUCUCGCAGCUAGAAUCGGGCGGUAUUUAUCAGUGAGCACUUCUGCUCCAAUUGCUCAGCUCACGCUUGGAGAGGCCAUGUUGACGUGUCAUGACGAAAAUAGUCAGCUGUUUAUUCCCUUCAUUAACGAAGUUCGAAUCGGGCCGAUCGAGCACUGUCAAUCUAUGUCGAUGGACAUGGAGGACACGUGUUCGUCCCCCCCUGCGCCCUCCCUGACGCCACCUUCCUCUCCCAAUGUGCAAGCGCGCGAAUCUCCGUGGGAACCGCUCGAGCUGCAGCUCGACUACUGGCAGCUGCCCAGGUUCAAAGAGGAGGCCACACCUUUAGGUUCGUCUGCAAACAAGACUGACAAAACCAAGCAGGACGGGAAAACGUCGUUAAAAGCACUUUUUAGGGGGAUCCACGCCACCCCCACAUCCACCAGCGGCUUGAGUAUUAACAUUAACUUCGCUAAUAAGGAGAAGAAGCAGAAAAUUAUGAGAUUGGGUAAAAAGAAGGAAAAGGAAAAAGACACUGAGCCAAGAAGUCAGACAGUGGAGGGAGUUUCAAGAUUAAUUUGUUCUGCCAGAGCUUCACAUACCACACCAAUGAGAAUUUAUAUCGACGGCGUAGACUUUAACGGCGUAAAGUUCUUCCAGCUGAGUUCCACGUGGCAAACCCACGUGAAAAACUUAUCGGUGGCGUUAGUCGGCGUGCCGCUGGCCAGCCACGAAAUGAACUGAAGCAUAUCCAAGCAAAAUCUCUCUACAUAUAUCUUGUUACCUAUUUAUAUAUUCUGCUCUUUUCUCUCGUGGAAAACAGCCGUAUACCGAAAUACAAAGUAAGACAAAUUGAUUAACAAAUAAGACGAAAAGUGGGUUAUCAAAAUUAAACUAUUAAGUUUAUUAAACAGACGGAGUAAAAUAAAUUGUUAAUGCCGAGUUGUUGAUAAAAGCGUUGUCUAGUUUUUGACAAUCCUGUUGAGAGAUUGUAUUUUAUAUUUACUCCGUCUGUUUUUAAUAGAGUUUAGCGGGGUUGCCAUGAUCGGAAUUCUACAAAAAUAGCGGACAAGAAUACUUUCCUUAAUAAUGAAGGAAUCUAUUCUCGUCCACCAUCUUUUUAGAAUUUUGAUCGAGCAUUUUUAUUAAUUACCUUUUGAAACAAUUAGAUAAAGUUAUCUACAUUAAAAAAUGUUAACUAUUUGACAGGACAAAACGCCACACAAAGUGUCUGAACUAUUAAUUUGACCUACUCUGUAUAUUAUUAAAAUUAACACAAUUCCAUUUCUGCCCAUUUACUGCUUCUUCCGCCAUCGCUUCUAGUCACUAUACGGGGUUACCCAAAAAGUAAAACUAUUAAAAAAAACUCAUUUUAUGUGUACUGUUGACAAUACAAUCCUAUGAAGGCUCAAAAACUAACACGUUAAAGACUCAAGUUGAAAAUACUCUGUAUAUGUGAUAUAGUUUGUAGUUUGUCAUAAAACAUACUGAGUAUGCUAACGACUUAAAUUAGUAAGGUUUGAUGUUUACUUUUGUAGUCUUGAGGAGAAAACAUAAAUGAAAACACGUUUUAUAGUUUUAAUGUGCAAAAGCAUUCAAACAUUAAAACCCUAAAAUUAUGUUAAAAAAACUGUGUGAGACUACAAAAACGC